UGGUAUGUGUGUGAUUGUUAAAACUUGAAAUAUCUGUGCAAAUGUUCCUCCCCAUCCACGACGGGGUAGUGAAGCAUUGGUUUUUGGUUGUGGUGAACAUACCGGACGCCGAGUGUGAAAUAUGGGACAGCAACCCUGUUGAUUCUGCUAAUACACGCAGGCAGGAAUAUGCCAUUGCAUCGAUGUCUUUGCUUGAAAAAGUAUUUGGCAAUGAACUGCGAAUGGCACCCGACCUGUACGCACGGUUUGGAUCAUUCUCCAUUAGUUAUCCAGAGUCUUGCCCUCUGCAUCCCAGAUCUGAAGACUCCGGAAUAUUUGUGAUAAGAAACAUGCAGUUUUAUAGACAGCGGUGGUACGUAGGGUUUAACUCCGGCGACUAGAGGGUUUGUAUGGCACUUGAGAUUGUCAAUCACCCUACGAAUGAAAUUCGUGAACGGGUGUGGAGUGCCGCCGCCGAGGAAGUCCCAUAUGAUGUACCUACCACGGGCGUGCCACCAUUAUCUCUGAAGGAGGAUGCAGUUCUCCCAACUUCGGGCAUGAAGUUCAAUCCAUGCCGGUCCAGGCGCGGAUAGAUUUUCAAUGCAUGUUCUAUUAGUAACCCCCCUGAUCACCAUAUUCGGAACUUAUGUGUUAAAGGACUAUGUAAUGUAAUUUUACGGUAUACUUUGGUUUUAUUUUUAAUUUUUUUGUUAUUUUAAUUUGUGGACAAUGAACAAGUUGCCACUAGGCUUG